GUCUCGCUCCCUCUGUCUCUCACUCCAUUCCUCUGGGCUCUGCAUCCUUGUUGCUUCUUCUCACAAGUCAGAUUGUGUUUGUAAGUACGCGCUGAAUGUCUCUGUGUGUAUGCUUGAGUUUCUUUAAGUCUUUAUGCAUGUGUGAAUGACUGGUUGCCUACUUUAGUGUGACUGAGCAGAGCAGAGAGGACUAUUAAGUGUAUGUGGGUCUCUGUCUCACCCUCACACACUUGCCGGCUCUCUUGCAACUCUUCUCGGGAUCUCUGGGUCCCUUUCCUCGGUGACAGGCUCCCCACACCAAGUAGUCACCAUUUCCGCCCCCGGGAGACCCACGCUGGCAGCGCAGCCCCUUCCCCGACUCAGCAUCGGGAGGAAGACCCUGGUGGCGGCUGCCGUAGGGGUUAUGCUGGUCCUGGUGCUGGUGGUCCUCAUCCCCGUGCUCGUCAGCUCCGUGGGUACAGAUGCCAGCCACUAUGAAAUGCUGGGCACCUGUCGUAUGGUGUGCGACCCCUACCUGAACAAGGGCACUCCGGCCAGCAGCACCAGCUCCACCAGUCUCCAGGCUGAAGCAGAGGCGUUAAGCGACCACAGCAAUGUGCUUCCACCCUCCACCUUACUGCAAGGCCCACAGGGGAAGCCUGGCAGGCCAGGCAAGCCUGGACCACCUGGACCACCUGGAGAACCGGGUCCACCAGGACCAGUGGGACCUCCUGGAGAUGCAGGGGAUCAGGGAAGGACUGGGAUUUUGGGGCUGGGGGGUAAUGGAGCUAUAAGCACAGCCACCUACAGCACGGUGCCUCGGGUGGCCUUCUAUGCAGGGCUUAAAAACCCCCACGAAGGCUACGAAAUCCUCAAGUUUGACGACGUGGUCACCAACCUGGGCAACAACUAUGAUGGCAUUUCGGGCAAGUUCAUCUGCAGCAUACCGGGCACAUACUUCUUCAUCUAUCAUGUGCUGAUGAGAGGAGGGGACGGCACCAGCAUGUGGGCAGACCUCUGCAAGAAUGGUCAGGUUCGUGCCAGUGCCAUUGCCCAAGAUGCUGACCAGAACUACGACUAUGCCUCCAACAGCGUCAUCCUCCAUCUGGACGCAGGGGACGAGGUUUACAUCAAACUGGACGGAGGCAAAGCCCAUGGAGGCAACAACAACAAGUACAGCACCUUCUCUGGCUUCAUCCUUUACACAGACUGAGAAAAGUCAGACACAGAGACAGUCAGACAGGAAGAGAUUGAGAGAAAGAUGUUGUACAACAGGGAGGGUGGGGUGGGGGGUGUGUGUGUUUAAAGCCGGAAUGCUUUCUAGUUUUCCUAAUUCUCUCCAUCAUCACGGACACCUCUGCUUCGCAUCCAUCAGCCAAGGCAUCCAGGCUCCAUAGCCAAGCCUGGAUGCAAAGCUCCUGAGGACACACUGAGAGGGGCCGGGCGGGAAGCCUAAGAGGAGUGGGACGUAGGGUGGAGGUGGGUUCGUUUUUCCAAACUCCUUCCGUGCCACAAUGCCGAUGUGUCAGAAGCUCCUCGCUUUCGGUGUCUGUCCUCCUCAGCCCUGCUCCAUUGCACAGAAAUAUCAACAAUGAAAACCCUGCAAAAGUGGACGAUCUCACCUCUUCUCUACACAGUGGUAACGGCCAGCUGUACUGUCAGUGGACUCAAUCGACUGAAACUCGUGGUGUUGUUCUGUGCAAUUUUCCUUAGAUUGUGUUUUUAUUUUGUAGACAUGCAUAAUAUUCUACACAAAUGCGAUUUAAAAAAAAAAAAAGUAUAUUUGUCCCUUGUGAAGAUAUUCUGUUUGACUGAGAGAGCAGAUUUGUGAGAUGUUACAUGUGAUGCAGCUCAGAGAUCCAACAGCUGGAAAAGAAAUCUGUAAGUCAAGACUGUCAGUAUUUCAUGGCAGUGAGUGAUUUUCUUCAUCGCUGGGUGCAGCAAGGUAACUAUAUAUUGUUCAUGUGGAGGAUAACAAUACAUUCUGUACCUUACAAUGUAUCUGAAAAAAAAGAAACAGAAGAAAUUAUCCUUUCUACAGUCCACCUCACGCUGUUUCGCACGCACACAAUGUCCUGCUGCUGUCUGGAUUAAAAGUAGGGUUCAAAUCGUGUCUGAUGUUUUAGUUUUAUGUAGAUGCUCCAUUCGACAGAGACAGCCAUGCAAUGAAGAGAAAUCUUCGGGUUCAGAGGUUAUAGUUGAAUGAGUUGAGGACUCUUUCUUCUUCCGUACUGUACCAAACUCCAAGCCUUCUCGUGUGGUAAAACAAUAAUGCUUCUGAAGUGGAGGGCAAAGGAGAUAAAGUCGGAAAGGCAGAGAGAGAAAUAGUAAGU